ACAAUUCAUACCCAAAAAUCAAAAUUCAUUAUCAGCACAAAUUCCUAUUUUUCUCUUAUCAUUCUCCUCUCCUUCUUCAAAAAUUAAAAAAUAAAAACUCAAUUUUUUUUUCUAAUUUUCUUUUUCCUAAAAACAUUGGUGAAGCUCUGUUUCUCCUAGCUUCAGCUCUCUAAUCUCUAAAAUUAAGCUAAAGCUUAGAGCUUUUGCAGAUUAAUUCUCACUGUACAACUCCUUUUUAGCUCUUACUUAGCUUUUCAAAACUUCAAAGCAUUGUUUUUAUUUUUAUUUUUUGAGGUUAAUCUUCUCUUCUGGGUUUUAGAUUUUAAGCUUUGUUUUACUUGCAGUGCUUUGAUUUUCAGUUUUUUUUAUUUUUUAUUUUUUUAAUUGAACUUCAUUUUGGAUGAUUUGAGCUGAAAAGCAGAAUGGGCGUUUGAUGAAAUCUUCCAGAAAGAAAAAUAUAAUCCACAGGGUUUAAGCAUGGAAGCAAGAGAAACUGUAAGUAGUAGUAGUGGAGGUGGGGUUACAGUGGUGGGAUCCGAUGUUCCAUCGGACUACCAAAUCGCUCCAAGGUCCGCCGACAAACCCAGCUCCGCAUCUGGAUCCGCGCCACCUCCGCAGCAGCAACCGGCGAUGGUGUCUCCUCCAUCCACGGUGGCAACGAUGCCUUUGAAGAAGAAGCGAGGAAGGCCAAGAAAAUAUGGUCCCGACGGUAGCGUCAGGAUGGCGUUGUCUCCGAAGCCGAUAUCUUCUGCAGCUCCGGCACUUCCUCCGGUGAUCGAUUUCUCUGCUGAGAAACCAAGGAAAAUAAAGCCGGUGAGCAAGGCCAAGUACGAACUGGAGAAUGUAGGUGAAUGGGUUGCAUGCUCUGUUGGUGCUAAUUUUACUCCCCACAUCAUAACUGUUAAUGCUGGCGAGGAUGUUACAAUGAAGAUCAUAUCAUUUUCUCAACAAGGGCCUCGAGCUAUUUGCGUCCUCUCUGCAAAUGGUGUGAUCUCAAGUGUUACGCUUCGUCAGCCUGAUUCCUCUGGGGGCACAUUAACAUAUGAGGGACGUUUUGAGAUACUGUCUUUAUCUGGUUCAUUCAUGCCGAGUGAAAGUGGAGGAACUAGGAGCCGAUCUGGUGGGAUGAGCGUGUCAUUGGCAAGUCCAGAUGGACGUGUUGUUGGUGGUGGAGUUGCAGGUCUUUUGGUAGCUGCAGGUCCUGUGCAGGUUGUAGUCGGAAGUUUUCUGGCGGGGAACCAACACGAGCAGAAACCAAAGAAACAGAAACCCGACUCCAUUGCAACUGUUGUCACACCAACUGUCGCGAUUCCUAUUUCUACUGCUGAUCCAAAACCCAACUUUUCUUCUUCCUCAUUUCGAGGAGAUAGUUGGCCUCCUUUGCCGUCAGAUUCAAGGAAUAAGCCAACUGAUAUUAAUGUGUCUCUGUCAGCAGGUUAAAUUGGUUCAUCUUACGGGUGGAUUAAACAUUUCGCCAUUGAUGACAAGACUAUCGAAUUCCACUCAGAAGAAGCUCAUCUCCCAUGUGUUGUCUGUAAAAUCUAUUGAAUACUUGAGAAAAUGGCACGUUUGUUUUACCCCUUUAUUUUGAGGGUAGAGUUUUAGUCAGUUAACCAAAUUAGGUAGGCUCCUGCUGCUGUUGUGUCAUGUAGAAUAUUUAAGGUAAUCCACAGCUAGAGCUGCCUGGGAGUUGGGAAUUGUCUGAAACUUGUUGUUCUAACAUUUCAUUUUACAUUUUCUUCUUUGUAGGAUCCUUAAUUUGAGGUUGUUUUUGUCUA